AUGGUGUCAAAGGCGCUGCUGCUCUCAAGAGCGUUUCCACAAGUGAAAGCAUUUGUGGAAAAGAUUAAAGAUCAUUCGAACAUCAGAUUUAUCCCUAAACGAGGUCAUCCCCCAACAGCAAUUUUGCUGAAUGAAGAAGAUGGUGAACCGCAAGAAUCAUUCUCCAUCGAUUCUUGGGACACCGACACUAUUGAGGAGUUCUUCCGGGAACGCCUCGUCUAA